UUUUCUCCCCAAGUCACCGUAAAAGACAGAGAAAGAGAGAGAGAGAGAGGAAAAAAAAAAAAAUAAACGUUGAAAAUGUCCAUAAACCACUACUCCUUGGACCUUCCUGAAACGACACCGUGGUGGACUCAACAACAACAACAACAACCCAUCUUAAUGGAACCAAUCCACAACCCCUCCAUUCACCAUUCUUGGCCCCCCCAACACCACCCCAACAUCACUCCCCGUUUCAACCUCAACAAUCAAAACGACGACAAAGAACAAGAAGAAGACGAUGAAAACAACAACAACUACGACCAAGCCGCCACCCCCGCCGACUCCUCCGCCGCAACGGAAGGAGCAGAAGACGAGAAGGAACCCAUGUUCGAGAAGCCAUUAACGCCGAGUGACGUGGGCAAGCUCAACCGCCUCGUAAUCCCAAAGCAGCACGCGGAGAAGUACUUCCCCUUGGGCGCGAGUGGCGGCGGCGGCGACUCGGGCGAGUGCAAGGGGCUGCUACUGAGUUUCGAGGACGAGUCAGGGAAGUGCUGGCGAUUCCGUUACUCGUAUUGGAACAGUAGCCAGAGCUACGUGUUGACCAAGGGUUGGAGCCGUUACGUUAAGGAUAAGCGCCUCGACGCCGGCGACGUCGUUUUGUUCGAGCGCCACCGCGUCGAUGCUCACCGCCUCUUCAUUAACUGGAGGCGCCGAAGGCAAAGCAAUACCUCACCGGCGCACGUUAGUAGGUCGGUUGGACACGGCAAGACCGGUGAUGGGAAUAGCAAUAGUAAUAAAAGUGGGGCUAAUGUUGGUGGUGUGGGCGUGGUGUGGACCAGAGGGUUCUAUUCUGCGCAUCCUUAUCCUACGCACCUGUCCUUGCCAUACCAACAUGACUCUCUUCAUGCAGGGAGUGGGUCCGAAGGACAGAACCAAAGGACGAGACCGGUGGGAAACAGUUCGAGUUCUAGUUCGAGUUCAAGUUCAAGGGUACUUAGGUUGUUUGGGGUCAACAUGGAAUGCCAAACUGAACAUGAUGAUUCUGGACCCUUCACACACGAAUGCUCCUACAAUAGUAACAAUAUGCCAUCAAUCCAGGGUACAGAUACCCAUCAUUUCUACCACCAUCAUCAACCUCCUUAUUCUUCCAAUCCUCACCCUCACAUGGUACGUCACCAACCAUACUACUACUAGAUAUGCCACCCCCUAGAUUGGAUUCUCAAUUUUUUUUUUUAUUUUUGGGCCUGCUUCAGGUGUAAGAUAUAUAACUAUGUAUCCACUUGGUUAAUUAAUAGUUUUUGCUAA